AAUGGGUAACGCUUCCUCCUUUCAGGUGGUGAAAUUUCAGAGAUUUCACAUUCACUGGCGAAGAAGGGGUUUCUUCUGUUCACAUAGCUCACAACACCCUGUGUCUCUUUCUUCCUUCUUCAACAGUGUUAUUCUGCUGUGUUUUUUUUUUCUUCUCAUUUUUUAUUUUUAUUUUCCCCAAAAAAACCAAACCUGCAGUUUCCGAACCCGAAAAUCGCCGUCUUUCGAAUCACACCACCACAUACCCCCCCCCCCCCCCUUCUCUCUGUCUUGACGCGCGAGACCCUUGAAAUCGUGGUGGUGGAAGCCUCAGAUUUUGACCCUUCAAUCGCUAAACCGAAGUACCGUUCAGUGGUGGGGUCGUUUGGGAGUGGUUGAACGCGUUGGUGAUGAGAAGAAGAACUUGCAUGUUUUGGGUCUGUAAAGAGUUGUUAUAAGAAGGAGUUGUUGCAGCAGAGCUUCUUCUUGAUGGCACCGAAGCGCGUUUAUGAAGCAUGGAAAGGAAGUAAUAAAUUCCUAUUUAGGGGAAGGUUGAUAUUUGGACCGGAUGCUAGGUCUCUGCUUGUCACCUUGUUGCUGAUCAUUGUUCCAGUUAUUGUCUUUUGUGUAUUUGUAGCAAGGCAUCUUCGGCAUGAAUUUUCUUCAUAUAAUGCAGGAUAUGCUAUUUUUGUGGUGGCAGUUCUCUUUAAUAUUUAUGUGUUGAUUCUUCUCUUUCUUACUUCCUCACGUGAUCCGGGCAUUAUCCCACGGAAUUUACAUCCACCAGAGGAAGAGUUCCGUUAUGACUCUUCAGUUUCUGUUGAUAUUGGAGGACGCCAAACUCCAAGCCUUCAGUUCCCACGAACAAAAGAAGUAAUGGUAAAUGGCCAUUCUGUGAGGGUGAAAUAUUGUGACACUUGUAUGCUGUAUCGUCCUCCUCGUUGUUCGCAUUGCUCCAUUUGCAACAAUUGUGUUGAACGUUUUGAUCACCAUUGCCCUUGGGUGGGCCAAUGUAUUGGGCUGAGGAACUACCGUUACUUCUUUCUGUUUGUUUCUUCGGCAACUAUUCUAUGUAUCUAUGUGUUUUCCAUCUCAGCUUUUUACAUCAAGGUUCUGAUGGAUCGUUAUCACGGGACAGUUUGGGAGGCAAUGAAAGAAUCCCCUGCAUCUGUUAUAUUAAUGGCAUAUUGUUUCAUCUCUUUGUGGUUUGUCGGUGGAUUAACUGGCUUUCAUUUGUACCUUAUUGGCACAAAUCAGACUACCUAUGAGAACUUCCGCUACAGAGCCGAUAACAGGAUCAAUGUUUACAACCGGGGUUGUUUAAACAAUUUCCUAGAAGUAUUUUGUACAAAAGUGAAACCCUCAAGGAACAAUUUCCGAGCUUUUGUUCAAGAGGAGGUACCGAGGCCACCUCCUCCGGUCAUUUCCCGGGAACCUGAACCAGAUCUGGGUGGUGGAGAUCCUCGUUCUAAAGUUGAAGAUGAUCUAGAUAUUGGUGAAGACCUGUUAAAGAUAUCACAGCGUCGGAAUAUUGAAGAAAUUGACGAGGACAUCCGGAGCAGAGGGAGCAUUGGACCUCCCCAUAAUACAUCUGAAGUUGAUUCAGUUUUGGGUUCAGAUCGCCGGGCCCCAACAAUUCGAUCCGAAGCAAGGCACUCGAGUGAGGGACGAAGUGAAAGCUGGGAAAUUGCGUCCGAGGUCCUUUCCAAUUCAAAUGUAACUGAAAGCAGAAGCUAUGCUGCAUCAAAGGAGGUGCGCCAAAAACUUGGGGGUUCUUUUUGAGAUGUGGGGUUACUUAGAUAUUAAAGAUGGAAAAGGAAAUGGUGUUUGAUCAGAUUAUAGGAAUGGGAAUUGAAUUGAUUGAGGCAUUAAGUACAAAAACUUAUUUGAUCUUUUUUGUGGUAAGCUUAGCUCUUUUGGAAAGAAUAGAAAUGUGUGUAAUUUUCGAGAGACAAAGCAAUAGUGUCUUUUUUCUCGUCUUUGUCAAUUUUUUUUCCUACAAUCAAAUAUGUGCAUUGCAUCUUUAUGUGGCUUUAUUCUUUGUGUAAAUAACCAGUUGUGAUGCUAAAAUAUAUAUCUGCAUACUGUG